GAAGGUCGCACGAGAGUGAAAGCAAGUCUCGCGAAUUUUUUUUUUCCUGCCUAGCGACUGACAACAGGCCGGUUGCUUCAAGUGGAAUCCCUCAAGUGGCCUAGCCUGAGAUUGGAGUGAGACUCCAGCCUUAGGCUGGGGUUCUUUCCAUCUAGGGGAGACGGAUUCAGAGGGGCUACAGACCAAGAUUGUUGAAAACCAGACAUACGAUGAGCGUCUAGAGAUUAACGACUCUGAAGAGGUUGCAAGUAUAUAUACUCCAACCCCAAGACACAAAGGACUUCCUCGUUCUGCCCAUCUUCCUGACAAGACUAUGGCUGAUAGCAGUGAUGAGUAUGAAGAGGAAAAUAACAAGGUCCUAAGUGAGGGCAUGCCACAGGCUCCAGGCCACAGAGGCAAAGACAUGGAUCCCGUCCCAACUGCCCCUGCAAACCCCAAGCGUCACCAGACCCCUUCUCAUGGACUUGAGAGGGUGGGAUGGUACCUAGCGAACCAGAAGCUCAGAAAGGAGAAGAAGACGACCUCGAAGCUGACACCUCAGCGGGGCUUUAGUGAAAACGACGACGACGACGAUGAUGAUGAUGAUGACUCAUCUGAAACUGAUUCUGAUGAAGACGAUGAUGAUGAAGAGCAUGGGGCCCCUCUGGAAGGGGCCUAUGAUCCUGCAGAUUAUGAGCAUUUGCCAGUUUCUGCUGAGAUUAAGGAACUCUUCCAGUAUAUCAGUAGGUACACACCUCAGUUGAUUGACCUGGACCACAAAUUGAAACCUUUCAUUCCUGAUUUUAUCCCAGCUGUUGGGGAUAUUGAUGCAUUCUUAAAGGUCCCACGUCCUGAUGGAAAGCCUGACAACCUUGGCCUGUUGGUGUUGGACGAGCCUUCUACAAAGCAAUCAGACCCUACAGUGCUCUCACUCUGGUUAACAGAGAAUUCUAAACAGCACAACAUCACUCAACAUAUGAAAGUAAAGAGCCUGGAAGAUGCAGAAAAGAAUCCCAAAGCCAUUGACACAUGGAUUGAGAGCAUCUCUGAGUUACAUCGUUCUAAGCCCCCUGCGACUGUGCACUAUACCAGGCCCAUGCCCGAUAUUGACACGCUGAUGCAGGAAUGGUCCCCAGAGUUUGAAGAGCUUUUGGGCAAGGUGAGCCUGCCCACAGCAGAGGUUGAUUGCAGCCUGGCAGAGUACAUUGACAUGAUCUGUGCCAUCCUAGACAUCCCUGUCUACAAGAGUCGGAUUCAGUCCCUCCACCUGCUCUUUUCCCUCUACUCAGAAUUCAAGAACUCACAGCAUUUUAAAGCUCUAGCUGAAGGCAAGAAAGCAUUCACCCCUCCCUCCAACGCCACCUCCCAAGCUGGAGAUGCAGAGACAUUAGCCUUCAGCUGAGACACCUCCCAGGUCACUGUUUCAAGGAUGAGCUGGCUCCUCUACCCUAGCUGAGAAGGAGAGAGUGUUAUCAGCCCCCUGCAUCCUUGCCUGCAUCACAGCUUGACUCGGACAGUCCCACUCCCCUCUCUGCCAGAAAGCACUGCACGGGUUCCUUAAGUGGCUUCUGCCUGUCUCAGGUUUCCUUCCCAUGAGAAUUAUGCAUCUCCACCACUGUGGAAAUUUGAGUUGAAGAAUUGGAAUCUGGGAUCCCAGGAUGCUCCAGUGGAGAGGAAAGCUUAAAAGAUGUUCUUUUUGAGAUAGCGAUGAAAUUAUUUUCUUUCAUUCUUAAAGUUAGUUGGCAAAGAUUUUACAAAUAAAAUGCUCUAUCUUUUAGGUUAUCCUGCUGUUCUAAAAUAUGAAAGAGAAAAGGCAGACUGAGCAUAAGGCAGAGACCAGGAACUUGGCCUAGUAAUAGGCAUUAAGUGAGUAGCAUUUUAAGCAAACCAACUUUGUGAAAUAAAAUCAAACCCCAGUCCUCCAAGGCUGGCAGUAGAGGGGAAUCAUUUUUCUCCUGGAACUUCAUUUCUCUAGGAGUCUCUGCCCAGUUAAUGCUGCCUGCCUUUCAGGAUCCCUGCCUGUCUAGCCCCAGACCUGUCUGGUUGUGGUCUCGGGGAGCCUAGCUAUGGCAGUAAUCCAGGUGAGAGAUGAAUGUGCCUUGGAUUAGGGUGGUAGUGGUGGUAGUAGUAGAGAUGGACAGAUUCAGGAAAUAUUUUGGAGGUUUUAUCAGCCAAGCUCCAGUCAGGAAGUCAGAAACCAUGCUAGUUAUUUCUAACACAGGGUGUUAAAUAUGGGAAAUUGGUUACAAACAUGUUGGAAGGGCUGAAGGAACAAAGGGGAGAAUGGAGGGUGUGAAAGAAUGAAGGUUAAAGGGGUGGUAUCCACUGCGGAUGCUGGAAGCAGAAGAGGCUACUGUGGUCUUGAAUGGCUGAGGAGGUGCCACACUGAGGCACUGCUGAAAUCCGCAGACCCUCACCCUCACUGCUACAGCAACUGCAAGCAAUGCCUGCUGCUUCCUGUCUCCCACCUUCUCAGAUCCUGCCGGUGCCUCCCACUGGCAGAAAUGAACAGCUAGUAAGGGAAUCUGGAAAAUCCAGCAGUUUAAAGGAAAGUAUAGAAGGGAGGGUGUGGGGCUGAGAGACAACAGAUAAAUAACCAGUAGAAAUAGAACCAACAGAUCUUGGUGAUCAAUUGGAUGUUGGGGGUGGAAGGAAAGAAAUCAAGGAUGAUGCCCAGGUCUUUUGGCUUGAGCAACUGAAUGGAUAAUGGAGCCAAGUACUGAUAUGGGGGAAAAUGGGGCAAUAAUUGAUUGGAGGGGGAGAUUACAUUAAAAUGCUACACUAUCAGCCCAAUAUAUACACAAUGAUCACAUAGACAGGAGGGGAAUUGUUUCUUACAGACUCAACCCAACUAUGAUGUUCACAACAUGCUUGAAUUUUAGGAGCAGGAACAUUUGAGCUCUGGCCUCGCUUUGACACCAUAUUGGGACCAGGUGCUCUGCUCUCAAAUGGAUACCAUCAAUGCUCACAUUUAACUCAGGGGAAAAAGAGAGGCAAAAUGUGAUAGGAACUCAAAUUCUCCAUUAGAUUUUCAGGGAACAAUUGGAUUGUCUUCUUUGGCUAGAGCUGAGACUCAACACUAAUAAAUACAGUUGAGUCUUGUUCCUCAUGGUAGUUAUGUCCUAUCAUGUCACCACAAACACGGAGUUAGCAAAUACUGAACCAUUGCUCCUAGAGGAAAUACAAGGUUAGGUUCCUGUGUGCCCUGGUCAUAACAUUUUUGUCAAACAACCAUUGAUUCAUUGAACUCAUAGCCACCAGCACUAUAAAUCAUGCCAUAAGGAGGCUUGUCUACACACUCUCUCCAUAGGGCACAUCACAGGCUAAUUACACUUAGGAACACUUGAUGGCACUUCAGCACUAUGAUUGGGGGCCAUUUUAAACAGCAGAAUUACCACCAGCAAGCAAAGGAUGUGGCACUAAGUAGACCAUGAAAAGGGCACUUGUUUACAGCACGAAAGCUGAAACCAGAAGGCAGAAUGAAGCCUUAUUCAGCCUCAGCUGGGAAGAUAGGCAUUGGGCAACUCAAGGUUUUCACUGUUUUGAGCAUGUCUGCAAAUGAUCAUGAAAACACUGCAAAUAUUGAUUUGGGGAUUACAAAUAAAUUAUAGCAGGUACAUGAAUUCACAAAAGCGGAUUGCCAAAUAAUGAGGAUCAACUGUACUUCCUGACUAAGUUACUGGUUCGUGCGUGGGCCUUUUCGUUUAUCUCCCUACUCCAGCAUAUCCACCAUUGCUCUCCUGUGAUCAUCUUCAGACACUUUUCAUCACGGGAUCUUCUCCUCUUCAACAAUCUGUAGUUACUCCCUUUUGGCUACUUGCUCUGUGGCCCUGGGAAAAAGCAGUUAACUUCUAUGCCUCAGUUAAUCUAGGCAUAGAUGAAACAGUUAUAAUAAACACUAACUUAACUCUUAGUCUUGUCCUGUGGGUAAAAAUAUGUGAAAAGAUUAAGUGCCACAAAAUGUGAGAUAUAAUAAUUAUCUUACUAAGUAUAAAUUUUCAACUUGACCUUUUAGACUUUCCAUUUGGCAACUCUCUCCCAACCCUGAGAUCCUCAUUUUCCAUAAUUCCCCAAUGUGAACUGCAAAACCAAUCUGCUUGCCAUGCUCUACGUGGGACUCCUGAGUUCCCUCUUCUAACUAAACCUUUAUGAAGGUUUUUCUUUGCUUGAAGUGUCCCUCACCUUUGCUGAUCCUAGGCUCUCAGCACUUCUAAGUAGAAAAAAAUUAAAUACAAGUAUUUAUAUCUUCAUUCCCUCCUUUAACCUUACUAAAAUGACUGGACAGGAAUAAAAAGAUAUAAAUCAGCAAGUACAGAUAAUAGGAAAGAAAAUGAUGGUAGACUAGAUAGCAACACAAUUUUGGAAGAUGGACGAGUAACUGAUUAGUCGGGGAGGGGGAAGAAGACCUGAAAUUUGACUGCCUCUGGAGGAGAGGGACAGAGAAACCAACACAAAGUAAGCUAUUUGACACUGCAGAACCCUGGAAAAGAUCAGGAAUUGAAAGUGUCAGAUAUUUCUGAUGGCAUGUGUGCAGGGUGGUGCUGAAAACAGGAGGGUUUGU